AAGCACCUCGACCUCGCUGCCCUACCCGCAUCGGCUCUAUUGGACAUCCUCUCGAUCCUCUCUCUCAUCGUCGACCUCGCUCGCACAUCGGCCUCGCCCUCGAACGCAAGCGACAUCCUCGACUCGCUCUUCUCGACACCCAGGCUACUCGAGGCUGUCUCGUCCGCCUUCAUCGCCGUCUCAUGGCCUCCCGCUCCAUCCUCAACCACGCCCUCUCCCGCCGCCCUCAACUUCCUCACCUCCCUCGCCCGUUCCUCCCGCACGCGCGCAAAACAACUCGCGACCCGCUCACUCAUCGACUCAACGAUGCGCUUCGUCGCUCUCCCGCCUUGGGACCUCGAGCUCUCCGCGGACCAGAAAGUGGGCGAUGACCUCUUUUGCGCGACGCUGGAGUUGUGGUCUACCCUGGCGCGGUACGGACUUGCCACCGACUUGCGCGCCAAGUCUUCCCCGCUCCUCGAGACCCUCCACGAGUGCAUCUCAGACCCUUCGUUCGACCCAUCCGGCCGCGAUGCACGCUGGACGGCUCGCUACCUCGAGCUCAUCAGCUUGUGGACGACAGCGGCUACUGAUCCGCAUGUGACGGGUCACGAUGUGACUUGGUCGCAAGUUGAGGGAUUGAGGGAGGUGGGUGUUGAGGCGUAUGAGCGGGCGAUGGAACGGGAUGGGGAGGGAGCGAAGAGGGUCGUGGCGGCUGCUUGGGAGGCACUGGGCAGUUGGGUCGAGGGGAGUAAGGUGAAUAAGUCGAGGAGGGGGGAGGACGAGAGGCGAUGGGUGCGCGAGCGCUUUGAGGCGGCGCUUGCGAGCGGAGGUGAGGCGGAGAGGAUGGUGUUGGAUGCGCUGAGAAUGGUCGAGGAGGGUGGAGAGGGACACGAGACGGCGACGAGAGUGGCGGCUGCUGCGUUGCGGCUGUCGCAGGCGUUGGAGGACGAGGCGGAGCCGGCGAACGACGUGAAGCCUCUCCUGGACAUCCCGCAGGACAUCGCCGCUCGCGUCGUCCGCGCCAUCGUGCGCCAAUCACCUUCGCUCGUCACGACCGCCAUCGCCGUCUCGCUUCUCCCGCGUAUCGCCUUGCCAGAUCGCCUUGAUCUCACCCUCGCCCUCCUCCCUCUCCUGCAUGUCGAGGACGCCGUCACGGCUCGCGACCUCGUCGACUGGGUUUUCUGCACCUUGUCGAAUGCGGACGCCUCGUUCUCGACCCUCGCCGCUCUUGACACCACGCUCGAACUUCCCGCCCUCGCUCGCUCCUCAAUCCUUCGACCUUUCGUCACCCAUGCCAUUGUCACCG